AUGUCCUCCCACCUUAAGCCCUUGUAUGUGGGAGCUCAUUUCGAUGGAGUUCCGGUGAGAAAAGUCCUUGUGGAUACGAGGGCUACGGUCAAUAUCCUACCAACCUCAAUCAUGAGGAAGUUAAAGAAAGGCUCAGAUGAGUUAAUUCUGAUCGAGACAAAGGUUAGUGGGUUCGUGGGAGACAAAACGACUUCAAAAGGGAUUAUCCCACUCCAAGUCAGAGUGGGGCAAAACGUUAGAAUGAUUGCCUUCUUUGUGGUGGAGACAAUGGCCCAUUUCAAUGCUUUGUUGGGCCGAGAUUGGAUCUAUGGAAGCAUGCGCAUACCCUCUUCACUUCAUCAAUUUUUACAAUUUUGGCACGAGGAUGGAAGUGUAGAGAUUGUUCAGGCCGAUGCAUGGCCCUUCAUGGCCUCUGCCAAUGUGGUAGAGGCAAAGUUUUAUGAAGAUGACAUUGGGCCUCUUUAUUUUACUAGGUCAGAUAGGAACGGCCGACCUACGGGAGUCUCGGCCCAAAAGUUAAUAGACUUGGGGGCACAUGAUGCCCAAGCAGAUAGGGAAAAGAGCGACCGAGCAUGGAUCCAUCACCAACUUGGUGGAAUUUCUUCAUGA